AUUGUUACUUUGAGCCCAUUUCACGCAUUCACAGAACAGCAACUGGAAUCCCGUCUGGAGCAAUGAAGUGAACCUGAGCAGUCGCGUGUACCAUCCCGGACGCGCCUUUCGAAUUCUACAGCCAUGACCUCUAAAGCAGCUCGUCUGGGCGAAGAGGUGUGGAAAUCGCGCGUCGAAAAGAUCAAUGCUGAAGUAGUCACUCUCACGUACGGCACAAUCGUCGCCCAGCUGUGCCGUGAUCUCCUCCUUCCCAACACCGCUGCCCAAACGGACUACACAGCAGUCAACGCCGAACUUGAUCGCAUGGGCUACAACAUGGGACAACGCAUGAUUGAGGAUUUUUUGGCAAAGAGUAAUACUGGAAGUUGCUCGAGCUUCAAAGAAACAGCAGAGAUUAUUAGCAAAGUGGGAUUCAAGAUCUUCAUGAACAUCACGCCUACUGUUACAGGUUGGACGGCUGAUGGGAAGGGGUUUGGGCUCGUCUUCGAGGAGAAUCCUUUGGCGGACUUUGUGGAGUUGCCGGAUGACGGGAGGAGUCAGGAGGAAUUGUGGUAUAGCAACAUACUAUGUGGUGUGAUCCGUGGGGCGUUGGAGAUGGUGCAAAUGCAAGUCGAGGCACAUUUUGUCAGUGAUGUGCUGAGAGGAAAUGAUACGACGGAGAUGCGGGUCACGCUGUUACGAUAUAUCGAGGACGAGUUGCCGCCAGACGAUGAGUGAUGCGGUUGGAGGUUUGAGAACUUCGCACCACCACAUGUCGCAUAUGUAUGCCUCGUCGCAUACCAGCGCUUUCCGGACUGUUACAUGUAUGUGCCUCACAGCAUUGAGGGAGCAUUGUAUGCCACCAACACGAAAGAUGGCAGCCUGCUACAUCGAUACAGUAGCUGAGCGAGAAGGUCGCUUUCCUGCAGGACUGGCCAGUCCAUGCAGUUCGCUUUUGGCACUUUGUCGCACCUUUAUAUCGCAUUCGUCGGCUAUCGAUGGCUAAGGUACCAGGUAUUUUAAGGGAAGACGGUAGCGACGAACCCUCCGAGCACAUGUGUUUUGCAUCCGGAAAUAUAAGGGCGCGGUGGCACGGUAUGCAGCAAGCACCAGAUGUAGUCUCACGCCUGAACUGGAACAAGAAUGUGUGCACG